AAAUACCGAAAUAAUUUAUAAAAAAUGCAAUUGGAACAAUUCAGAGAAAUACCAAAAUCUGGUUUCAACUUCGAGAACUGCAAAAGAAAUGCUGAGCUCAUCAAAGGUGGAUUUCAGCCCCCAAAAACUGUGAAAACUGGCACAACUAUUGUGGGCAUAAUCUUCAAAGAUGGUGUAAUACUGGGAGCAGAUACUCGUGCCACCGAGGGUCCAAUUGUUUCCGACAAGAAUUGUUCCAAGAUUCAUUACUUGGCUAAAAACAUGUACUGUUGUGGUGCUGGUACAGCUGCUGAUACUGAGAUGACAACAGAUAUGAUUGCUUCGCAGCUAGAAUUGCACCGUCUCAAUACCGGCAGACAAGUGCCAGUGGUAGCGGCUAAUACCCUCUUAAAACAAAUGUUAUUCCGCUACCAAGGACACAUUAGUGCUGCUUUGGUUUUAGGUGGUGUUGAUAAAACAGGACCCUAUAUUUACUCCAUUCACCCACAUGGAUCCACUGAUAAGCUGCCAUAUGCUACUAUGGGUUCGGGUAGUUUAGCUGCCAUGUCUGUCUUCGAAGCCCGUUGGAAACCCGAUAUGAGCGAAGAAGAAGGCAAAAAACUAGUACGCGAUGCCAUUGCUGCUGGUGUAUUCAAUGAUUUGGGUUCUGGAUCUAACAUUGAUUUAUGUGUAAUUCGCAAAGAUUCUACUGAUUAUUUGCGUAAUUAUGAGUUGGCCAAUAAGAAAGGAGAGAGACAGCUCAAUUAUACAUAUAAACCAGGUACAACAGCUGUAUUGGAGACUAAAAUCAAACAAUUUGAAAUAACUGAAGAAGUUCAUAUGAUACCCAUGGAAACGGCAUAAUUUA